UGCACGAUUCAGAAGCGAAGUGAAUCGAUUGAUCUGGUCUGGACAUGGUCGUAGCGUUCUGAUUGGCCUAUAUAUUUUGGCGCCAAAACCGGAACUAAAACAGGAAGUAGAAAAACUGUGGGAAGAAAUCUGGUCGCUUUGUUGUGAUCAUUGGCUAAUCUUAUCUGUUUGGGUUUAUUUACGCACACAUGGACACGCAGUCUUACCUUCCCGUGCCUCCAGGAGUGGGAAUGGAGGAGAACUUUCUGUCUCUUGACGAUAUUUUGCUCUCUCAUGAGAGACUGCCAGUCCGGACAGAGUGCGUUUUUCCCCGUCUUGGCUUUCUGGAGAAGUCGAGCGAUUCACAGGACAUCCCGGAGGGCUCAAAAAUGGAGCUCCCUCUGUGGUUGUGUAAAGGUCUGUACGAGAGGAAGAGGAGGGUGCUGUCUGUGGAGCUUCCCAAAGUGUACAGAGAGGGCUGGAGGACCGUGUUCACUGCCGAUCCAAACGUGGUGGACUUGCAUAAGAUGGGGCCUUACUACUACGGCCUGGGAUCACAGAUGCUCCACUUUGACAGUCCAGAGAAUCCAGACAUCGCGCAGGCUCUGCUGCAGACGUUCAUCGGCCGGUUCAGGCGGACCAUGGACUCGUCCCAGAACGCCUACAACGAGGACACGUCGGCCCUGGUGGAGCGCCUGGACUCCCUGGAGAGGACUCUGUUCAGGUCGGGCCAGAGCGGGCUGAACGGCUUCCAGAGCUGGGAGAAGGGUCAGGCCUCGCAGCUCACCGCCUCCAGCCUUGUCCUCAACUACCGCAAGAGGAAGAUCACCGACGUUCAGCACUGACUCAGAGGUGAACACCAGGAGACUGACUCUGUUCAUGGAGCGUUCCGGUUUAUUCUCAUCUGCUCGAUGAGUUCAUUUAAUAUAUUUUGUAUUCGUAGUUCGGGGAAUUAAAGGGAUCGGCCGGUAAAUAAAUCGGGAAAAAAACUGAAGGUGUUUUGCUUCUUGCAGCCCCUGCUGCUGGUU